CAUGUAAGUUUCUACGUUGGACAUUCUAUACUGUAUAUAACCUAAUAUUAAUAUGAUAGAAUUGGUAGUAUAUGGUGAGUUGGUAUGAUGGCACAUCAGCAGGCAGUGCUUAUUCUGAAGGAGGACGAGAAUGGAAAGAAGGUGUACACUUUGGCACCUGAUACAAGAAAACGGUUCUUUGUCACUGGUAACAAGUCUCAUGGAUUGAUAGAGGCAGACGAUCAAGAAGUGAGCGAGUUAUUGUGCAAGCGCAUUAAGUUAGAGCAGCCAGACUUAGAUGAUCAGUCAGUGGAUGCUGAGUCAAUGCUGCCAGAGGAGGCCUGCACACUCGUGGCCCAGUUUCAUGAUGACACUGUUGCAAAUGAUGCUAUUGCAGAAGUGGUAAUGGGACAGGAGGUGAUAGCAGGCAAUGAGUUGGAAUUGGUACAAGCUGAGGAGGUUGUGACAUCUCUAGCAGUGCCAGGGUGCACUGAGGAGUCUGUGGAUGGUAUCUCUGCUGUUGCGGUGGAAGAAGACGAAGAAGAUGGGGAAUAUAUAGGAGUAAGCAGAAUGGAGCAGCCCCUAGAAGGGGAUGAUGAAACAGCUGGAGUAUUGAUGCAACAUAUGGACAUCCGUGAACCACUAUCUACCUUGCGAACUCUUUUGGAGCAAAGGCUAGGUGUUGAGCUAACAGACUACCAAUUCUGGCUGCAGGAUGCUCAGAUGUUAGAGGGGCACAAGAACUUGGUUGAUCAGUGCGUACAGGGAGAGGGGCUGGUCCAGGUAAAUGUGCAAAUCAAAACAGAUGGGAAUGUUAAGAAGAUAAAUAUUGUGGAUGUUCUUAAACCAGCUGAAGAAUAUGUUGAAAUAGCUGAGGAACAGUAUGACUCUUCUGUUCAGAAACAGACUUAUCAGACUCCUGAAUCAAAACACAAUGUGAUUAGAUGGGUGGUGGAUAGUCACUUCAAGAAGGAACAGGAGCGGCUGAAGAUCCCAACAGAUCCCAAUGACUGGUCUGUUGCACAUGUGCGUCUGUGGCUGCUGUGGGCCGUGCGCCAGUUCAAUCUUGUGGGUCUUAGCCUGAGUGACUGGAACAUCACAGGCAAACAGCUUUGCCAGCUUUCUUUGUCUGAUUUCCAUUCCAUUGUUCCUGUUGACCCUGGGGACCUGUUCUGGACCCAUUUAGAACUUCUGCGCAAGUGCAAAUUUAUAGCUGUAGUGCAGAAGCAAGUAGACACUCGCCAAUACACGACCCAUAUUGAAGGACAGCAGAUCCGUGGCAGACAACCACGACAGACGAAGCUGUUCAAAGUGCCGCGUAUCAUUGGUCUACCACUGAGCGUUGUCGAAUCAAGUGGCAUGGGUUGCGGGAACAGAACAGGUGAGAAAUGUUCUCUGCAUGUAGACCUUACAUUUCAUUACAAUAUACAUGUACCAAUUGUGAACGUAUAACUUUUAAUGGGGAAUGAGAAACUUUUGCUGAUAGGUUUAGACUGGUGAGUUUACUACUCUAUGAAUUCAUAAAAAUUUAAGUUUCCUUUUUUGUUUCUAUUCUGAUUAUUUUUCAUGAAACAUCACAUUUAGAGUGUGAAAACUGUAAUGUUUUAUUUACAGAUUUUGAAAGAAUUAAACGUUCUGAUUUCCAAAUAACACCACAUCAUGAAAUUGAACUUCAUUAUUAAUCAUAAAAUUAAAGAAUUAAAGCAGAUCUUUCAGAAUUAUUUGUUUGGGUCCUUUCUGUUAUUGAUAUGGUAAUUAUGGUUUACUGCCCAUUGAUUUCUUAGCCUGUUAAAAUCUAACUUAUGCUACCAGCACACACUUUGAAGAUACAGAAAAAUGGUAAAAAUGGGAGUUGUACUACUUUUUAGUGUGAUUUAUAUUGCUCCUUAUGUAAUGUAUACUAGUUUUAUAAAAUCAUGGAUAUUUUGUUUGCGUAACAUGUCUCAAAUUUAACUUAGAUACAUUGAUUACAAAAUCCUUGUCGCAUGUUUAGCAAUCUUGGUGGUCGCAUUGUGAUGCCAUUUUAUUUGUUACCCAACUUCAUGUUUUAAAGAUAUUAUUAAAUGGAUUUGAAGGUCAACAGAAAGUAUUUUUAUCUCUUUUCAAUGUGGUGAUUAAUUGUUUAUUGGUACUUCAUAUGGUCUGCAGGAAAUACCAUAUUAUAAAACCAACAAACCAAACCAUGAAUUAUCACAGACUGGCUGCCAGCACCUAAAAUUAAAUUGUCUUCAACGACAUUAAAUUCUUCUUGCUUGUAUUAUGUAGCAGGAGUUCAGUUUCUCAUAUUUUGUGAAUAGAAGUACUAUAGGCGAAAGGUUUUGAAGGAAUUUUUAAUGAUCAGUUUAUUCUAUAAGUUUGCGAUGUUUGUGCAUUCUUAGAACUAUUGUAUUUAUCCAUAUACCAUGCACAUUCAAAUAAGACAUGCAUCCCAGUUUUUUUUUUAGCAUUUUAAAGAAAGACGUUAUGUCAGUGAAAUACUAAAGGCCAAAAAGUGACAAAUUGUAUUAAUGUGGCUAGGCCGACUCUAGAAAUGCGUACAAGCACACAUGAUGACUGACACAAUCAUAAUAAUUCAAUUCAAUUCAGUUGCAGUUAUUGUCGUCUGAAUUGAUCUUGUCAUCUUUGUCGCAGACCAUGGUACUUGUACUUUGGAAGUGCCGCCAUUUUUCUUUGUGUGCGUUAGGAAGAUUUUGUGCAAUGCUUGCUGUUGUACAUAAUAAUCAUUUUGUUUAAUAAAUAUCUGGUACCAA